AUGGGGAAGAUCUUCCACUCACCCAACGUUAGUGGACAUGACGAUCCAAUAUCAUGGUCCUUGCCAUACCAUCGCGAAAAUCCCGGUAAACUUGAAGGUCACGAAAGAAGUUGGAAGUUCGUACCAGACAACGACACGAUAGCAGACCCUCUCCAGGACAUGAGGAUCGCUAAGGAUGCCAUCACAACACUGGGCUAUUUUGCAAAGGGAGGCAAGUACCAAAAUCAGCCAUUCUUCUUAGCCGUUGGGUUUAUUAGACCCCAUUUGCCAUUUAUAUCCCCAAUAUCAUAUUCAAAGCACUAUCCCCAAGAAAGCGUAAUCCUACCCCAGAACCCCUUACCACCUGUACACAUGCCGCCAGUUGCCUGGACGAAUAUUAACGAGUUAAGCCAGUACGAUGAUAUGGUGGCCCUCCAAGCCUCAGGCGCUAUAAACUCCAGUCUGCCGGAUAACACCACCCUUGACCUUCGUAAAGCCUACUACAGCGCCGUCAGUUAUCUUGACGCAAUGGUUGGGAGUGUGCUCGAUGAACUGAAACGAUUAAACUUGGAUAACAAUACCAUCGUAUCACUUAUAGGUGAUCAUGGAUAUCACUUGGGAGAGCACGGCCUCUGGUGUAAGUUCACCAACUUCGAAUUGGCCACGCAUGCGCCAAUGAUAAUUCGUAUACCGGGAUUGACCGAUCAAGGAAUCGUGACAGAGAGUCUUGUUGAAAUGGUGGAUUUAUUCCCCACACUUGUGGAAGCUUCCGGUCUACCCAAACUGCCAGUAUGUCCACCCAAUUCAAAGUCGGUCAGAACGUGCACCGAAGGGGAAAGUCUCAUGCCACUAGUCUCAAACCCAUCAAUGAAAUGGAAAAACGCCGCGUUUUCUCAAUACCCUCGAACUCAGUCUAAGACCAAUAUUAUGGGCUACACCAUCAGAACCGACGAACAUCGUUAUACGGAAUGGCCCGAGUUCUCGUAUACCACACAUACUCCGGAUUGGACGAGAUUACACGGGAAAGAACUGUAUGAUCACACAAUCGAUCCGGAUGAGAACGUCAAUAGGUCGGCGGAUCCCUUGUACGCCAACAUUACACGAAUUCUGAAGGCAAGACUUCAUGCUGGGUGGAGAGAUUCGAGUCCUUCCAUCAACCCAUCAGUUAUCGUCGAUGACGGGCGAACAUCUAAAACUCAGGUGAUGGAGCCGAAGAGGAUCACGCCUCUUACAACGUUGCAAACAGAGAAUGUGCCAACUUCAAUCAUGGAGGGUACCCCUAGACGUGGACGACUAUUCCAUUUGAAACAGGAAGAGUGCAAAUCAACCGAGAACACACCAAACGGCAGUAUACGCCAUGUUGAUGCCAGUUUUAAAUGUGAGGACAAGAUUAGCCCCAUGUUAGCAAAACUGAGGAUGACCCCAGAUUUGACAUAA